AUGGCUGUGCGCAUGCGUGCCGUGAAUGUGCAGGCUGUGGCCAAGCCGCACAGGGCUUCCGUGAAGGCUCCUGUCGCCAGGAACCUGGCUUUUGGCCUUGCUGCCUCAACGCUGGUUGCACAGCCGGCGCGUGCCGAGGAUGCCGUGGAUGCUGUGGAUGCCACUGUCUCGGCGGUGACCGAAGUGGUCAAGGCCGGCGGCUCCGCCGUGCGCAGCGGCAUCGACCUUUUGGGCAGCGCCGCCCAGGCCUUGAAGGAGGGCUACGACGUGGCGUCCCCCUACAUCCAGCAGGGGGUCGAGGCCGUGACACCCGCGGUCAAGGAGGCGGUCAAGGUCACCAGCGAGGUCGCGGGGCCGGCCAUCAACAAGGCCGUCCCGAUCGUGCAGGACACUCUGACUGGCGUGGUCAAGUCCAGCGGCGUCGACUUGGACGCGGUCGCCAAGACGGGCGCCAACGUCGCGAAGACCGCGACCGACGGCGCCGUCGCGGCCAAGCCCGUGCUCGAGCAGAUCCUGAGCUUCCUCUCGUCGUCCUCCCCUGUUGAGCUGGCCGAGUACGGCCUGGGGGCCGUCGCCCUCUACCUGCUGUCCCCCCUGCUGCUGGGCGGCCUGCUGGGCGGCAUCCGCGGCUACGCCGGCGACAUCACCGCGGUGCAGGCGCUGGAGGCCAUAAAUGGCGACAGCAACGCCGUCAUCGUCGACAUCCGCACGCCGAAGGAGAAGGAGACGAGCGGCAUCCCCGACGUCCCCGGCGGCGGCAACAAGCUGGUCGCCGUGGAGUACGCCACCAUCGAGGACAAGAAGCUGCGCGGCUCCCUGCGCGAUGCUGGCUUCAUUGAGGCGCAGGUCACCGCAAUCCAGAUCGCGUCCCUCAAGCGCCUGGGCCGAGGCUCCAAGGUCCUCCUGCUGGACCGCACCGGCUCCACCGCCAAGACCGUCGCCAAGGAGCUCUCCAAGCGCGGCUUCGGCCGCGUGUACGUCAUCGACGGCGGCUUUGACGGCCGCAACGGCUGGGUCGGCAGCAAGCUGCUGGUCAAGCCCGACGCGGGCGCGGGGCUGCAGCCGCUGCCCAACAUCACGCGCACCAUCACCUCGCGCCGCGGCCUGCCCGCCCCCUCGAAGUGA